ACUUGGACACAGGAAGGGGAACAUCACACACUGGGGCCUGUCAUGGGGUGGGGGGAGGGGGGAGGGAUAGCACUAGGAGAUAUACCUAAUGUAAAUGAUGAGUUAAUGGGUGCAGCACACCAACGUGGCGCAUGUAUAUAUAUGUAACAAACCUGCACGUUGUGCACAUGUACCCUAGAACUUAAAGUAUAAAGAAAAAAAAAAGAUUAGACAGACAAGGCCCAUUAUAGAAAUCUCUUAGAAGACUUUCAUAAAUGCUCAGGACUGUAGGCAGACACACAAAACCGCAAAGGCAUUGCUUCAAGCCACUCCUCACUGUUUCUAAGAGUAGUUGACUGUAGUAAAAUACAACAAGGUCAACAAAAUCCAGAUGAGUCAGUAAUAUCAUAUUUUGAGAGGUAGCUGUUAUGGUAUUUAUCUGCAAUUGGGUCAACACACAGCUGAGAAAAUGUGUAGAACAAAGACUACUCAGAGAAUUGUUUGAUUGAAGAGGCAGCCAUGUAGCCUGAAUCAGGUGUAUCUGUGGAAAUAGGAAACUGUAUUUUGGUGCACUCCUGCUUCCAAAUCACAGAACUACAACUCCUUCAGCAGAAAUUUUCUAAGCUUCCCGCACCAGCCAGAGACCAAGAUUCUGCGGUGCACAUAGUCAAGGGUUGCUAUGGAGUCCAACACGGCCCCAAACGGAAGUGGUCCCUGAAAAUUUCUUUCCCAGAAAACUUGCAUUUGAAAAACAAUGCCAUUCCAAUUCGCCUUUUCCUAAAGUAAACUCAUAAAUAGAGAAAACCAAACUUUCGCUCUCAGCCCAGAGAACGACGCUCUCCUCCCAAGAGGAACCUCGGCUCUUCCGCGGCAGAAGCUGCACGGAACCAAGAAGCCGCGGGCGCUGGUUCUCCAACGAGCUUUUCUCCCGUACGUACCAGCGUCCAGGCGGGGUUGCCGUGGAGACAGAGCGUGCUGUGUGGAUGCGGCGAAACGCUGAGGCGCGGCCUUCGCUGUCUGGUGGGGACUCACAAGACCGACGUCAAGAUGAUGCUUUCAAGGGCCAAACCUGCUGUAGGCAGAGGCGUACAGCACACUGACAAAAGAAAGAAGAAAGGUAGGAAGAUUCCAAAACUAGAGGAGCUACUUUCAAAAAGAGAUUUCACUGGAGCUAUUACCCUGUUGGAGAGAGUUUACUAUUCAAAAUUUUCAUGUUUUUUAAAUACAUUUUUAACCUGAAGUUCAAACGUCAUGUUGGGGAAGAAGAAGAGGAUACUAAUUUGUGGAUUGGAUAUUGUGCCUUUCACCUGGGUGACUACAAGAGAGCUCUGGAGGAAUACGAAAAUGCUACAAAAGAGGAAAAUUGUAAUUCUGAAGUCUGGGUGAACCUAGCUUGCACCUACUUCUUUCUUGGGAUGUAUAAACAAGCUGAAGCAGCUGGAUUUAAAGCUUCAAAAAGCCGACUGCAAAACCGCCUCCUCUUCCACUUGGCUCACAAGUUUAAUGAUGAGAAAAAAUUGAUGAGCUUUCAUCAAAAUCUUCAGGAUGUCACAGAAGAUCAACUCAGUUUGGCCUCAAUCCACUAUAUGCGAUCUCACUACCAAGAAGCUAUAGAUAUAUAUAAGCGAAUACUGCUAGAUAACAGGGAAUACCUUGCCCUUAAUGUUUAUGUGGCCCUCUGCUACUACAAGUUGGAUUACUAUGAUGUGUCUCAAGAAGUUUUGGCUGUUUACCUUCAGCAAAUUCCUGAUAGUACCAUCGCACUCAAUCUUAAAGCCUGUAACCAUUUUCGCCUUUACAAUGGCAGAGCAGCUGAGGCAGAACUCAAAAGCUUGAUGGACAAUGCUUCUUCAUCCUUUGAAUUUGCUAAAGAACUCAUCAGGCACAAUCUGGUUGUUUUCCGAGGAGGUGAAGGGGCUUUGCAGGUUUUACCUCCCCUAGUUGAUGUCAUUCCUGAAGCUAGGCUAAACUUGGUGAUUUACUACCUUCGUCAAGAUGAUGUACAAGAAGCUUAUAACUUAAUUAAGGACCUGGAACCUACUACUCCUCAGGAGUAUAUUCUCAAAGGAGUGGUCAAUGCAGCCCUUGGCCAGGAAAUGGGUUCCAGGGAUCAUAUGAAAAUUGCCCAACAGUUCUUCCAGUUGGUGGGAGGAUCAGCUAGUGAAUGUGAUACAAUACCAGGGAGGCAGUGCAUGGCUUCCUGUUUCUUCCUGCUUAAGCAAUUUGAUGAUGUUUUGAUUUACCUCAACUCAUUUAAGAGUUACUUCUAUAAUGAUGACAUCUUUAACUUUAAUUAUGCCCAAGCCAAAGCUGCAACAGGCAAUACCAGUGAGGGCGAAGAGGCGUUCCUCUUGAUCCAAAGUGAGAAGAUGAAAAACGAUUACAUUUACCUCAGCUGGUUAGCUCGGUGCUAUAUUAUGAAUAAGAAACCAAGACUAGCCUGGGAACUUUAUCUUAAGAUGGAAACCUCCGGCGAGUCCUUCAGUCUCUUACAGCUCAUUGCUAAUGACUGCUACAAGAUGGGCCAGUUUUACUAUUCUGCCAAAGCUUUUGAUGUCCUUGAGAGGCUGGAUCCUAACCCUGAAUAUUGGGAAGGCAAACGGGGUGCCUGUGUGGGCAUUUUCCAGAUGAUCGUAGCUGGGAGAGAACCCAAAGAGACCCUUCGAGAAGUGCUCCAUUUACUGAGAAGCACAGGUAACACCCAAGUAGAAUACAUGAUCCGGAUCAUGAAGAAAUGGGCCAAAGAAAACAGAGUGUCCAUCUAAAAUAGCUCCAGCAUCCUAGGAACCAGCUUCUACUUUGACAUAAAACUGGAAAUCAUUUUCACCCCAGUUUAAUCUGUGAUACAGGGCUCUGUUUUAUUGACAUUUUCCUUCCUUGCUCUUUAAGCCUCAAGGUCAGAGACUGACUUGCUGAGACUUAGUCUCCUGGCUGAACAGAGUGCCAUAGUCUGUGACCCUGUAUGAUCCUAGUAGCAAUAAGACUUUGGACUUAUCUGGUGCCUUUCUUCCAAAAAUGCUCAGAGUACUUUUAUGCAAUUUACUGACUUUAAGGAAAACAGUAUAACUUUUUUUUGUUAGCAUUUUAUGGCAUUGUCUCCUGGCUGCAAUAACAAACAUCUUUGAUGUUCAAGAAUCAGCAUCAUUGUAUCAUUUAACUUUAAGGCAUCUCUGUACGUUAUCCCAUUUUAUUGGGGAAUUCCAUAAAGGGUUUUAUAACUUCACCUCUGAAUCUUGGGAGAAUAACUAGCUAUGUGUUUCUAAGAAUGGCAGUAAGCUACUUUAUCAAACUGUCCAGUCAUUAAUAGGAUAGAUUUAUGGGAUUACUCUUUCAGUAAUUAAAUUGUUGAUGAUAAUAACAUGUUACAGCGCAGUAAGAUGAGUAUUGCAAUGUUUUAAAAGGUGAGUACUAUGAAAAAAAUUGUAGUACCUCUAAAGGUAUUCAAGAAACAAUGUUUAUGAAUCUCACUAGUCCAUUAUAUUUUGGUACCUUAAUUAUUUUAGGUAACAAAGCAGGUUAGGUUUUUGUUAAUGUAUCUUGCUGAACAAACAUCAGUUUUUGUUGUUGUUGUUGUUGUUGUUGUUGUUGUUUUUGAGACGGAGUCUCGCUCUGUCACCCAGGCUGGAGUACAGUGGUGCGAUCUCGGCUCACUGCAAGCUCCACCUCCUGGGUUCAAGCCAGUCUCCUGCCUCAGCCUCCUGAGUAGCUGGGACUACAGGCACCCACCACCACGCCCGGCUAAUUUUUUGUAUUUUUAGUAGAGACGGGGUUUCACCGUGUUAGCCACGAUGCUCUCCAUCUCCUGACCUCGUGAUCUGCCCGCCUCAGCCUCCCAAAGUGCUGGGAUUACAGGCAUGAGCCACCGCGCCUGGCCCAAACAUCAGUUUUGAAAGUAGGGCUACAGUGAUUUAUAUGUAUUGUGGGCACUUAUUAAUGUAACAAUAAUAAAACAUGAAUCGUAUAAAGUCCUUUGAGGGAAUCUCCUAAUGGCUAGGCUCUCUGUCGUAAGUCAUAUUCCAGCCCCAUGCUUCUGAGCUCUUAUAACAUAAACCUACUGUACAACUGAGCAUUCUUAAGCUCACAACCUAUUUCCAGAAAAGAGACCCACAUCUUUCUAUGUUUUAUACUACCUUUGUUUUUACACCAUAUAGUUUUUUUCUAUUAGUUUAAGGUACCUAGUGUUACAGGUCUAGAAAGUGCAGAGCCAUCCCUGCCUAGAAGAGAAUAGAUGGGAAGAGAACUGAAAGAAAGAAUUCCUCAAGCACUGAAGUCAGGAAAAUCCCCGUAGGCACUGUAUUAGUUGUUCCACUUAUCCCAGCACUCCACUUGUGGAUGAAGGAGUUGUAUAGAAAGGAGAUGAGAAAAUGGCAGGAGUGGAAGCAGCCAAGAAGAGAUCGAUGACUGAAGAUCUCCUUCACCUUCAGGACUGUCUCAAGGGGUUGUUUCACCUCUACUCAUGAAGAUGGCCAGUUUUUCUGUCUUUUAUCUUUAGACCCAUAUAUAAUCAGUUCAGAGCACAAAUCAAAAUAAACUGGCCUAAAUAACUGAAUUCUAGGAAGCAAAGCUACAUUUUUUUUCAUAUGCCAAAGCUUCUGUUUCCUCAUGUUGUUCCUACUUUUUAAAUAAUAAAUGGCUCUCAGCAUCUUAGGAACUAGAUGGGUCCCAUCUGGGUAGAACCUGCUAUAAUUUUUAGAAUCAUUAUUGUAAUUCUUACCUCACUUAAAAUAUUAGGAAACACAGUAAUAGAAAAGACAGGGAGAACUCGUCAGCAGGUUUUGGCAGUGAAAUUUGUCUUCCAGUGAAUUGCUAUUAUUUUCAAAUUGCCUAUAGUCAAAAAGCUUUUCCAUGGAUGGAGACUUACUUUCAAAUGAGCUUGUGUUGAAUUCAACACUCUAGAUUCUCUCUGACAUUUUCCUGUCUUUUGGGGAAAAAAAGCAGAUAUUCCAAAAAUGGCAGAAAUCUAAUUUUUGUAAACUUUUUCAUCUAUAGGAUUGAGCCAAAAAACAUACAUACUAUUUUAAAGAAAGGUACCAUCUAAUUCUUUUAUUAAAGAUAGCUACUUCUGAAAUGUCUUAACAGAGUUUCAAGAUUGCAAAGUAGUAUUGCAUAGCUGGUUUUCUUACAUGUGUGAUGAUGGAGGAGAGAGGAAGACCCAGACUUAGGCAUGUAGUGAAAUAUGUAUAGUUUCUGGCAUCAGUGUACUAUUUAUAGUCCAUAGCAUACAUUACUUGCAAAUGGGAAAAGUAUUUUAUAAUUAUUUUUGUACCUCAAAAUAAUUAUUAUAUUCUACUGUAUUAUAUUCAAAUUAAAGUUUAUUAUUUGAUUCUUA